UAGAUGCCAGGAAUUCAGUUCGGGACCCCAUUCCCCCGCAGCUACACCCAAGAAGAUCUCCGAUUAGAAAUGUCCCGUCAUGGUCAGCACUACAUGAGCGCCAGAAGCGUGUCGACAAAGGACCUGGACGAUCCUGAAUCGGGAGGAGAUCGUAAGAGUAACGACCGAAACAUAGUUCCCAAGACGGUGGGCCAUGGACGGAACGUCCAGGAAACUCCAGGAUACAGGGGAAAAUACAGCAAGCAUUUACAAGAUGAUCUCCAUUCGGGAAAUGAGUUGGGAGGUAUGCCCAAGGAUACAGAGUACAUUUCAAGUGAUCCCGAUGACUCGCAGUCCUGGUCUCAGGAAAGCCUGCUAUCCAGUGAUCGUUCCAAAAGCUAUAGUCAGAUAUGUAGCGAAAUCUUGGAAGAGUCUAAGGAGCGACAAGAGAAGGCUGAGCGAGCUUUUCGGGUCUACCAUAUAAACAGAUCCAAGCUGCGUAGGUCGCAUCAACAAUCCUUGUCCAGGGGUCCGGGAAGUGGGAGCAGCAUGGCCUCGGAGUAUUCGAGUAAAUCGGGAGCAGGCUACCACGACUACGACAGUCCUUCGACAGACCCUUCGCGAGAACCAGUUUUAAAAACUCGUGAGUCCUUCGGCUGCUUGGAAGAACCACUUAAGCCAGUGGCAAAUAUAGAUAUGUGGACUAGACCAAAACAGUUCAAGGUGGAGUCAUAUAAAACAGAAAUAAAAGAAAGGCGCAGUUACCGCAAAACUCAAGAAGCCAGCCACUCGUAUUCAUGUCCAUUGGAAAGUAGGAUUUCAAAAGGUUCGUCAGUUACCAGGCACAGAGCAAGAUCAUGCGUCUGCGCCCAAGAGUCCUCGGCUUGUAGCCUUUGCACUGCCCACUCCAGAUCAAGAAAGCGCCAUUCCGAGCGCUUCGACGCAGAGGUGACUGAUGGACCCGAUUACCCUGCAGACUGCAGAAGUGACAUUCCUACCACUGCGACAUCGCAAUCUCGCUCACAAAGAGAUUAUCUUUCGAGCUGCAGCACACGCCAUCGUCAUCAUCCUCAUUAUCAUCGCCAGAGGAGUGUGCCAAAGACGUAUCAAGAUCGUGGAAAUAGUCCCAUUAACAUCAAGACGAGGCGCAGGACGCACGACAACCAGGAACCUCACUCCGCAUUUGGCAGCGAGAAAGCGAAGGCGGUUCAGGUCGGAAGAUCAAGUGCCUCCAUUGGGGUGCAAUAUCCCAGUCAGGACGAGACCGCAGAUUGGACUGAUUGGACUCCAGAUACAACGCAUGGUGACCGACAGCUCAAAAGUCGUAAUGGCAAUUGCUCAAGAUCAUCAGAAAAAAAACGGGAUAUAUCUGAUGAGCAACGUCCAAUAACGAUAAGGGAUACACAUGCUAAGGAUGUCGACAUACCUGUUUCAUUUGGAUCAUUUUCCAUGAAGAAGCAUCUUAGCGUCAUUACCGAGGUUGCAUCUGAACACCACGAAGAUCCAGAUCAAGAUAUGAUCGAUAGUGAGCUAAGUAAUCCCGUUGCUCUCGAGACUUAUGACGAAAGUGAACAAUAUGCUUAUGAUUAUGAGUAUAGCUACGAACCCGAGAUAAUCAAAAAUAACGAAUUCGUUUCCGAUGACUCUGAUCCUAGGGUAUCAAGUCAGGAAGGCUAUCAUAUCGAUCAAGAAGACUAUGUAAUAGAUAAGCAAGAGAUGAGCCACGGAGGUGGGUCAGACGCAUCUUCGAGUGAAGUAGCCAAGUCGAAAAGCUUCCUCAGCCUCAAGAUAUACGACGCUGACGAAGCCCUGAUGGAAAUCCCAGAGGACUUCGAGGGCCCUGCAAUAGUUCUAGAUGAUGAUGCCGACUUCUUAGACAUCACACUGACCGACGACGAGGAGAAGAUUCGCGCCAAGUUGAUGGCAGCGGCACUCACUACCAGAAAGAGUACAUCCUCCAUCAGCCCCAAUAGCAGCAGUCUUAGGAACCGUCCGCCCACAGAGCCGAUUAGUCUGAGCUAUAAGCCCAAUGUUAUCUUCACUCGUCGAUCGGAGGUGAUCGAAGAUAACUAUGCUCCUCGUCCGAACGAUCGCGUUGCCCUGCUUGCGGAGAAAUUCCUGCAAAGCUUCAGCGAAUCUGCCACUAAUGAUUAUGGAUGGAAACCCUCUGAACAGGAGGUGACCUCUGCAGACUCUAUUUCGCAAUUGUUCAACGAGAAUGGGGUCACCAAAAGCGGAGGCGAUACUCCACUUUGCGGGGACCGUCAGCUGCUGUCCGUGGAAUUCAACAGGAAGCUGCAACGUCAGCUCAAAGUGAUUGUAGAGAGUUUCCAGUGAAAUUACUUGGAACUUAUAUUUUCUAUUUGCAAUUGCGUGUCAGAAAAUACAUAGCGGAGUUCGUUGACCGCCUAUGAAAGUUCUGAA